AUGUGGUACACCACCUGCAGCUGUCCAGAUCAGUGUUGUGCUGCAAAAAUCUAUGAUGCUCGAGACCCAUGUUGUAAUAGUGUGUCCUGGAGUACCUUAGCUAUACCAUUAUUCAUUGUAGCUAGUGUUUGUUUAUUCUCGAUUUCUUGUGCUUAUUUCAAAGCAUUAUGGCGACCAUGUAUUUGUCGAUCAUGCACUGCCUUUUCCACUCGUGCUGCAGAAGCAGUUAAUAAUGAAAAUUCAGUUUAUAUUAUUGAUAACAAUCCACCAGAUUACGAAGCAAUAAUUAAAUAUUCAAAGCCAUCGUUUGUGGACACUCCACCUGAAUAUACAUUAGUAAUGAAUAAUCCAACCGGAUUCGGAUUAGAUCCAAAUAUUAUAAGAUCACAUAUGAAUACUACUGAGACGUCAGAAGUAGCGAGUGCGCCUUCUCCACCUUAUGGUGAACAAUGA